AUGGCAGGGCAAGGCACCAGCCGGCUCCUGCUCUUGGGUCUCAUGCCAGCUCUUCUGCUGGCUGUAAGGAUCAACACCAAGGGCCGGGAGGUGCUGUAUCUGGCUAAGGGUGACUCCGUGAAGCUGGGCUGCCCCUACGUCCUUGAGCCUGAAGACAACGGUCCCCAGGACCUGGGCAUUGAGUGGAUCCAGAUAACGCCCGAGCGGACGGGCCCGGAGAACGUGUUCCUGUCCUACCACGACCAUCACGUGAACUACGGCGGCAGCUCGGGGCUGCAGGACAGAGUGGCCUUCGUGCAGAACGACCCCAGCCAGCACGAUGCCUCCAUCCGCCUGGCCGACCUGCAGGUCUCCGACACGGGCACCUACCAGUGCCGGGUGAAGAAGAACACUGUAGCCGUGCACGAAGUCAUCGUCACCGUGCAAGAGAAGCCGGCCACCCCACAGUGCUGGACUGAGGGGGAGGUGACGGAGGGCAGCAGCAUCCUGCUGCGGUGCUACAGCCGAGGAGGGACCAGCCCCCUCACCUACCAGUGGGCCAAGCUGGCCGAUGGCUACGGCGGGGGGCGCCUGCCAUCUGGCACCAUCCAAGGACGUGCUCCCGGUGACCUGCUGAUCCGCAGCCUGUCGGAGGCGCACUCCGGCGUGUACCAGUGCCGCGUGACCAACCGUGUGGGCUACUCGCUGUGCCAGCUCAACCUCAACCUCCUGCCAACAGGAGGAAGACAAGCGGGCAUCAUCGUGGGCUCCAUCCUGGGCUCCCUCCUCCUCCUCACCCUGCUGGGGCUCCUCAUCUGGGCUCUGGUCUGCCGCUACCGCAGGAAGGAGUGCCAGCGGGCAUGCAGCGACUGCAGGAGCAGCACGGGCGGCACCAUGACCAGACCGUGCAACGUGUGUCACCACAGCUACUCGCCCCACGGCGUGAGCUACAUGCAGUGCCAGCACGGCGAGAGCGACGAGCGAGCGGCCGCCCUCAUGUGCAACGAGGGCGUCAGGCACCAGGUCGCCUGCCCGGCCCUGUGA